AUGGCUGACUGGAGCGUCCUGAGGAAUGCUGGGAGGGACUACCUGACCCUAUACGGGAGUCGUGAUGUCACAGCUUCACUCAGUGCAAUGACAGCGACAAACUAUACGGUGAACUCACCGUCAUCGUCCUUUUCGUACCUGGAUAAAACUGAUGAGAAUACCUUUUGUUGUUCUGAGAAUGUGGAUGAUAGCGUUACAUUUCUAAACCAGGAACUGACCGCUUUGGGUUUCCAGACCAUCGAUAAUGGAGAAGGAACUACAGAGGUGUCCCUGGUCAACAGGUUGUAUGAAAUAUUCCGAUUGUAUCAGAAGGCCAGACGUGUACGAGAAGAGCUUGAAAACAGACUACGCCGACUGUCGAGUGAGACCGAUCACUACCAGAGCUCAAACCAUCGCCUAAAGAAUGAAAAGAUUCAGUUGGAACGUGAAGUGGCAAAGGAACAGGAAAAAUGCAGACAAUUUGCCAUUAAACAGAAGUCCUUGGCAGAGAAAUUCAAGACUGAGAAAGAUGAGGUGAAGCGACUACAGUGUGUUAUUAAGGAUAGAGACGCCCAGUAUAAACAUGAACUGAAGAAAAAGGAGCGAGAAAUCAAUAAAAUGAAAGAAAAACUGCACCACCUGAUAACGGACAAAAAUCCUCACAGAAGAAUGGGUCUUGACAUUGCAAAUGCUUUACAACGAGCAGAUGGCAAACGGAGUCAGUGGAAAACAGGGUCACAUGACAAACAAGAAGAAAUGUACCAACUAGUUAUUAAUAACUACGAGGACAAACAACGGGAACUAAUGAUAGAAAAUACAGAUCUCCGAGACUGCCUUGUACUCAUGCAGCGUGAACUAGGCACCAUCAUAAACCACUCAUCUGAUGUCCCUACUAGUCAUACAGACACACAGGACAAUGCUGGGGAAUUAGGUGUCACCAGUGAAGAUGAAGAUGAUGGUAUUUUCUCUGUCACUAUCAACGACCUUUCAGAUGGUUAUUUCCAAAUGCCUUAUGGCCUGAUGAAAGACAACCUACGACAUUCUUUUAAGGAGAUGUUUAAACUCAUCAGGAAAUCCAUGGACAAAAGAAACAUAUCACCAAGUCAGCUUGAAAAGACCAAAUCUAGUCCCCCACGACACAGCCCGGCAGCACAAAGAGUACCGAGUGUGGAUACUGAAAAACUACAGAAACAGGUCCAGCAAUACAGAGAUAUCAUACAGCAGCAGAAAGAAUUCAUACAACAAUCCAUGCUCAACCAAUCGAAGGCAGCAGCAGAAACGUCGUACAUCGAUGAGUCAAUCCUCCUACAGGAGCGCGUCCUACAGGAGCAAGAGAGUUUGUCUGAGCAACGUCGCCUGUUUUACCAAGAAAAGGCAAACUUUGAGGAAGAACGGAAACAGUACACAGAGGCAGCUAUACGAUUAGGCAGGGAGAGAAAAGCUCUGGAUGAUGAGAGAUCAUCCAUUAUCAACCAGUUCCUACAGAUCUCACCAUUUGUAAAAGCCACUCCCUCCAAAAGAAGGUCCCAUAAAGGUGAAGGAACCAGACUCUUGCCGUCCACACCAAUGUUUUCACCAGCUCCGUCCAGUAAACCUAAAACUCCGUCCACCACAGAAUUAUACCGUGUCCUGGGGAUCACUCCAAAAGACCUCCCAAAGAGGAAGGAGGACAAAUACUCUCCUGAGGAGGAGCCCCAAGUGAAGAAAGCAUUAAGCUCAGAGUCUCUGUUAUCUGGUCCAUGUAAGUCAUGUGAUAAUCUCCAUACCUCCCCUGGGAAACAAAGCUCACCUGAAAAGUUGCCUGACCCCAAACGUGUUCUGUUCAGAAGGAGACGAUCAAGUACUGGCAGCAAUGAAGACCUGGAGGGGUUAUAGUAGAACUGGGAAUUGAUGGCAACAUACUGUUAAUACAGUGGAAAUUUUACUGUCACAACAUCUAAAAUAUUAGCGUUAUGUAUCUUUAAUUACUUGUAUAAAUGUGUUUCAAAAGGGUACCAUUAGCUACAGUGUUAUAUUCAUUGUAAAAAAUCUGAAAAUGUGGAACAAGUUUGUAUUUCGACUCCAAAAUUGCUAGAAAAGUACUCAGGCCUGAAGUUCUUGUAAGUUUUUUAACUGAAUUUAAUUAGAUACAUAAAUUUUGAAAUCUAGAAUUUUGAGACUGAGAUUUAUCGUCAGACUUUGAAGGAUUUAUAUCUUAGGGAGACAAUAUCACUUGUAAUAUCAGGACUCAACUAC